AUGGCCUCUGUCCCCACGCAUCAAAGCGAAAAGGAGAAGAAAAAUGAUGAACUCUCUACAGCCAUCUUGAAGGAUAAGGCAAAGCCGAAUCGCUUGAUUGUGGACCAGUCAGAACAAGACGAUAACUCCGUCGUAUCUGUUUCCCAAGCCAAGAUGGAUGAACUCGGCCUCUUCAGAGGAGACGCUGUAAUUCUCAAGGGAAAAAAGCGGAAGGAGUCAGUUGCAAUCAUCGUAUCCGACGAGUCUUGCCCUAACGAAAAGGUUCGCAUGAACCGAGUUGUUCGCAACAAUCUCCGUAUUCGCCUCGGAGAUGUUGUCAGUAUUACUCCAGCUCCAAACCUCAGCUAUGGAACUAGGAUUCAUGUUCUCCCCAUUGACGAUACCAUUGAAGGACUCACAGGAAACCUUUUUGAUGUUUUCCUCAAGCCUUAUUUCCUCGAAGCUUACCGUCCUCUACAUAAAGGAGAUAUAUUCACAGUUCAAGCUGCCAUGAGAACAGUCGAGUUUAAAGUUGUUGAAACAGAACCGGCUCCGGCUUGUAUUGUUUCCCCUGAUACAAUGAUUCAUUAUGAAGGAGACCCGAUUAAGAGAGAAGAAGAGGAAGAAAGCAUGAAUGAUAUUGGUUACGAUGAUUUGGGAGGAGUUCGUAAGCAGUUGGCUCAAAUCAAGGAAAUGGUAGAGUUACCGCUUCGCCAUCCUCAGCUCUUCAAGGCGAUUGGUAUCAAACCACCACGCGGAAUCCUUCUUUUUGGACCACCGGGAACAGGAAAAACGCUCAUUGCCCGUGCUGUAGCCAAUGAGACAGGAUCAUUCUUCUUCCUGAUUAAUGGUCCAGAAGUCAUGUCAAAAAUGUCUGGAGAGUCUGAGUCUAAUCUUCGCAAGGCAUUUGAGGAAUGUGAGAAAAAUCAACCUGCAAUUCUUUUCAUUGAUGAGAUUGACGCCAUUGCUCCAAAACGUGAGAAGACAAAUGGUGAGGUGGAGCGUCGUAUUGUUUCACAACUUCUUACUCUUAUGGACGGAGUUAAGGGUCGUUCCAAUCUUGUUGUCAUUGCUGCUACCAAUCGACCAAACUCCAUCGACGGUGCUCUUCGCCGUUUCGGACGAUUUGAUCGAGAAAUUGAUAUCGGCAUCCCUGAUGCUGUUGGACGCCUGGAGAUUCUCCGUAUUCAUACCAAGAACAUGAAACUUGCUGAGGACGUCGAUCUUGAACAAAUCGCAAACGAAUGUCAUGGAUUUGUCGGAGCUGAUUUGGCCUCAUUAUGCUCAGAAGCUGCUCUUCAACAAAUUCGUGAAAAGAUGGAGCUCAUCGAUCUUGAAGAUGAUCAGAUUGAUGCUGAAGUUCUUAAUUCUCUUGCUGUCACAAUGGAAAAUUUCCGCUUUGCACAAGGAAAAUCGUCCCCAUCUGCUUUACGCGAGGCCGUCGUUGAGACUCCUAACACUACUUGGGCUGACAUUGGUGGUCUUCAAAAUGUGAAGCGCGAGCUUCAGGAGUUGGUUCAAUAUCCUGUUGAGCAUCCUGAAAAGUAUCUCAAAUUCGGAAUGCAACCAUCGAGAGGUGUUCUUUUCUAUGGUCCACCGGGAUGUGGUAAAACAUUGCUCGCUAAGGCAAUCGCCAACGAGUGCCAAGCCAAUUUCAUCUCCAUUAAGGGACCGGAGUUACUUACCAUGUGGUUCGGAGAGUCCGAAGCCAAUGUUCGAGAUGUGUUUGACAAAGCUCGCGCUGCUGCUCCGUGCGUGCUUUUCUUCGACGAGUUGGAUUCAAUUGCUAAAUCCAGAGGGGGUGGAGCUGGAGGCGAUGCUGGUGGCGCUUCAGAUCGUGUCAUCAAUCAAGUUCUCACAGAGAUGGAUGGAAUGAACGCGAAGAAGAACGUUUUCAUUAUUGGUGCUACCAACAGACCUGAUAUCAUCGAUCCAGCUGUUCUUCGUCCAGGUCGUCUGGAUCAGUUGAUUUAUAUUCCGCUGCCAGAUGAAGCAUCUCGUCUUCAAAUUCUCAAGGCAUCUCUCCGUAAAACUCCACUUUCAAAGGACCUCGACUUGACAUUCUUGGCCAAGAACACUGUUGGAUUCUCAGGAGCUGACUUGACAGAAAUUUGUCAGCGUGCCUGCAAGUUGGCUAUUCGCGAGUCAAUUGAGAAAGAAAUUCGAAUCGAAAAAGACCGCCAAGAUCGUCGUGCUCGUGGCGAGGAGCUCAUGGAGGAUGACACUGCUGAUCCAGUUCCAGAGAUAACUCGUGCUCAUUUCGAGGAGGCUAUGAAGUUCGCAAGACGUUCAGUGACUGACAACGAUAUAAGAAAAUACGAAAUGUUCGCUCAAACGCUCCAACAGUCUCGUGGUUUUGGAAACAACUUCAAGUUCCCAGGAGAACAGCGUGGUAGUGAUGCUCCAGCAGCUGCAGCGCCAUCUCAGGACGAUGAUGACCUGUACAAUUGA